UGGAGAGAGAGAGAUACUAAAUAGAUUCAGGCACCAACAUUUACCUACCUGCUCGAGCGAAAUACGGGGAGGACGCUGAAGUACGCGCGCGUCCACGCGCACUCGCUGAGUAGCAAGACAAUAUAAGGCAAUAAAUAAAAACCAACAUUGGAAUUUGAGUUUUCAACACGAAGGCUAUUCCUUAAAAAUAAAAAAUAUAAGAAUACAGCUUUACUGAAAAAAAGCAACAGCCAUGCAUCUGAACAGAGAAGAAGGGAACAGCAAAGGGUCUUUAUCUAUCAGUGUGUUUCUGGUAUCUCUGGGGCUGACGGUGUGUGUCGUGUGGCUCGUAGCUCUGUGUGGAGUCUGCACCUGGUGUCAACGCAAACUGGGGAAGAGGAACAAGCCUGGGGUGGAGGCAGCCAGCACCCCAGAUUCAGUUCAGAUUCGUGGCCGAGGGGAAAACAAAGCCAUCAACCACUAUGAUCUAGACAGGGACUUUUGGAAUAACAAUGACAGCAGCAACGUGCAGCAGAGAUGGAGCUCCUAUCCGCCCAAGGAGUUCCUCUUAAACAUGUCCCCCUAUGCCCCGUAUGGAGACCCUCGCCUCACGCCCAACGAGGGGAAGAUGGUUGUUCUGUCUCUAGCGAUCGGGCUGGCUGAACAAGAUGACUUCGCCAACCUCCCAGAUCUACAGGAAGCACCAGCGUGCCAAGAAAACUCAACUCCACCGGACAAAUCAAGGAGCCUGGGUAAACCUGGGAGCCAGACCCCAGAUGAGGCAGGCCGCCUCGGGAACUCCUCCGUCACAGACCUGGCCAACUCUGUCACCACCAGCGACAUUCACAUGCUCUCUCCAGGCUCAGAAGAGGACACAGAAGGGCCUGUGGUUGAGAAGCUGGGCCGGAUUCAGUUCAGUGUGGGCUACAGCUUCCAGGACUCCACCCUGACCGUCAAGAUCCUCACGGGCCAGGAGCUCCCCGCCAAGGACUUCUCUGGCACCUCAGACCCCUUCGUCAAACUCUACCUGCUGCCUGACAAGAAGCACAAGCUGGAGACCAAGGUCAAGAGGAAGAACCUCAACCCUCGCUGGAACGAGACCUUCCUGUUUGAAGGGUUCCCCUAUGAGAAGGUGAUCCAGAGGACCCUCUAUAUGCAGGUGCUGGAUUACGAUCGUUUCAGCAGGAACGACCCCAUCGGGGAGGUGUCCAUUCCCCUUAACAAGGUGGACCUGGGCAACCAGCAGACCUACUGGAAGGAGCUGAAGCCCUGCAGCGACGGCAGCGGGAGUCGAGGAGACCUGCUGGUGUCACUGUGCUACAACCCUCAAGCCAACACCAUCACUGUGACCAUCAUCAAAGCCCGCAACCUCAAAGCCAUGGACAUUGGAGGCACCUCCGAUCCCUAUGUGAAGCUGUGGCUGAUGCACAAGGACAAGCGUGUGGAGAAGAAGAAGACGGUGACAAUGAAGUGCUGUCUGAACCCCGUGUUCAACGAGUCCUUCCCCUUCGACGUCCCCGCCCACGUGCUCCGAGAGACCACCAUCAUCAUCACCGUCAUGGACAAGGACAAGCUCAGUCGCAACGACGUCAUCGGCAAGAUCUAUCUCUCAUGGAAGAGUGGUCCGGCGGAGGUGAAGCACUGGAAGGACAUGAUGGGUAAACCUCGUAAUGCCGUGCAGCAGUGGCAUGCCCUCAAGGCCUGAUACUGUAGGUCCAGUCACGUCCACCCAGACCACCCCAGCCCCGUUGCCCUGCCCUCCCACCCUAUCGUUAUGCACAAGGCUGACUCGCUGCAGAACAUACAAAUAGCCAUCCAACGCAUCCACCCUCUCCUCCUGCCUGUCCUCUCUCAGAUCCCUAAUGAACUUCUCCUUCCUCUACUCCCCUCUGUUAAGCCGAGUCUUGUUGCUUUUAAGUUUUCUCUCAACCGUUGUUUUUUUACUCUGUUUUACUCUGGAGCAGCACACUCUGCCAGCCCUAGGGUGAGCCCCAGGAAUCCAGUUCCACCAUUCAUCCUGUGUCUCUCCAUCGUUCUCCUGUGGCAGUGAGGGGAGGCUUCUUCUCUCCCUAAUCACUGCUCUCUCUGUCGUCAGAAGCAGUCUGGUUGGCUGUUCAUUAUUGUUUUUUGCUUCCUCACGUUGACCCUUUGAUCCGUUCUCUUCUGCAAACACACAGAGAAUAUAACAGGAAGGAUCGAUAGAGAGAGAGAGGCAAACCAAUGGAAUAGAAGAGGGCUGGACUGUGUGGAUGAUAAUGGAAUUAGACGUGACACUGUCACUCCACCCCGUUCAUCAUCUCUGAUCUCUUUCUCUCCCACCACUGUAGUGAUUCUUCCCCGGCUGGACCCCCUUGUUGUCUGUGCGUGCUGUGGGUGAUGUGCUGUAACUCCAAAUGAAGUUCUAGAUGAAAAAAGGGGAAAAUGACUGAUCAUUUACACUGGUCCAUGGGGGAAAUGUAAAAAGACGUUCCUAUUUUCUGGAGAGAAAAAAAAGAAUAAUGACAGAAAAAGAGUAAAGUCAUCAAUGUUGUGUUUUGUUUUUAAAAAGCCUAAAGAGACCAAUCAAAAUGUUCUUCCAGAGACAGUAAAUAGAAGCAAAAAGACAGCUAUUAUUCUGUCGUAUUCUCUCUAUCUCUCUGUGUGUGUGUGUGUGUGUGUGUGUGUGUGUGUG